AUGGCCUACAAGGCAUUGCCUGUUCACAAGGAGGAGCCCUGCAUUCUCUCGAUCCACACUCGAGUCAACCCGGGUUCCCUGUGUGUCGCCACCGGCGCAUCUGCGGCCUGUAACUCGUCUACAACAGCCGGUGACAACAGUGUUUUCCCUCGGGCCUGUCGCAAGCCCUUACAAGCGCACCGAACAAUUCUCUAUAAAGAGGUGUCCUCUGGAAACGUCAAGCUGGCGACUGUAGCAGCAAAGAAGAGCAAGAAGGCUGAGGAGGAGGAGCAGCCUGCGGGACCUGCACCAGCACCAGCACCAGAUGCAGCAGCAGCAGCAGCAGCAGCACCACCUCCAGCAGCAGCAGCAGCAGCAGCAGCAGCAGCAGAGGAGGAGGAAGAGGAGGAGGAGUAUGUUGUGGAGAAGGUUUUGGACCGCCGGGUGGUGAAGGGAAAAGUGGAGUUUCUGCUGAAAUGGAAGGGGUUCUCAGAUGAGGAUAACACAUGGGAGCCAGAAGAGAACCUGGACUGCCCAGACCUUAUUGCGGAGUACAUGCAGAAACAUAAAGAGAAGGAGGAGAAAAAAAAGGAAGGCAAAAGGAAAGUCACCAGUGAGGCCACAGGAGAUUCCGAGGAACGAGGGAGCAAGAGGAAGAAGGAGGAGGGUGAGAAGGCCAGAGGUUUUGGCAGAGGUCUGCAGCCAGAGAGGAUUAUUGGAGCAACGGACUCCAGUGGAGAGCUGAUGUUCCUCAUGAAGUGGAAAAACUCAGAUGAGGCAGACCUCGUUCCAGCCAAGGAGGCCAAUGUCAAGUGUCCCCAGGUAGUCAUCUCUUUCUACGAGGAGCGCCUCACCUGGCACUCCUACCCCACAGAGGAGGAGGAAAAAAAAGAGGAGGAGAAAAAAGAGUAAAUGAGUGGAGGAUGCGAAGAGGAAAUAAAGGAGGUGUCAGAGUGCAGGGCGGGAAAUCAACUACAUGCUGGUGAACUGUUGUCCACAUAAUUGAUUCUAGCAGCUACUUUGGCAGAAAAAUGAAGAAAACCGUUGGGAUUGAACUGCCAACAUAGCUGACAGAGGAAAGAAGUAUGUUUUCCUGCCCUGAAAGGAGACAGGCGUCGUUUCCUCAAAAGAUGCUCCCACCUGUAUCUCUACUGACAAUGUAAAUUUUCUUAAAGAGGUAUGUUGACACAUAGUCUCUCUUAUGUCAAGCUACCUCUUCAAUUUUCACCUUCAUGCGAGAAGUGAGCUGAAUGUUUGGCUGUUGCUGGUAAGUUUGUCUCUGCUCCCAAUCACUUGCCCCAGUCAGAGGUCCUGUUUUAAGAAUGUUUCGGCUCAUAAGAUACUGAAAGUAGCCAGGGAAUUGUGGUUGGUCAGAGAGCACAAACUUCCUUCCUGCUUUGUCAGGAUACAUUGGAGGGAACCUCUUUUGAAAUGGAAUGUGGUGAGGUAUUAUGGAGGAGUGUCUCUUUUCAGUAUCUGUUCUCUUUGUGCCACCGGAGUUCUCAUAAUAUUUGAAGAAAAGCUGUUCCUUAAUUGAAACUAUUAAAUGCCAAAUGAUGACUGUACAUUUCACUCUGACAUGGACGGAAUGACAAAGAGGGGUUAAAGUCUAUAUGAAAAAAGAUCAGCAGCCGUUGGCCUUGUUUCCUACCAGCCACUGUGGCAGCCAACCAGCCAGAGCUCAAAUGUCCCGCAGUUGUCUGCUAAAGCAGAUUUUUUUUUUCCUUUUUUUUUUUUUUAAAAAAGCUGACAGUUUUUAGCCAUUCCAGCCAUGUGUGUUUCUUCCCAAAGUUUGUAUUUUGCUUUCUGUUUGAUUUUUAAUGAGCAAGACUGUAUUUGUUAAAACUGUGAGUUGAGGGUUUUGUACUUGUUUGGUGAAGGUUCAGAGUCAAACUGGUAGCUUUUCUGUGAAUGUAAAACUGAUCAUCUGUUGUGUUUCAUGUGACUCAAUCAUAUGUGUUCUAGAUAUUAAGGUAUACAUUAGGACAUUAAAUUUCUAAUACACUUGAUUUAGUUUCAGUAUUUGCUUGAACACAGUUAAGAUUAAGUACCGAAAAUCUACCAUCCAUUUUCACUAGGACACAAUAUUAGUUUAGUAUGAAGCCAAAUAAUAGCCUGCCAGCAUGACAAGUGACCUAUAUUUAAGUGGACAGACUUUAGUUUAUUCACUGGCAGUUGUGGCUGUUUUGUUUCCCAAACUUACCAUGUAAGCUCAUCAAUUUUGUUAAAGCUGCUCUAAGUGACAUAUCCUUAUUAAAAAAGUGUUAAAUAGCUCUAUAUUACAACAGUAAUCAUUGUUAUCGAAUGUGGUUAGUAACCCAUGUUUCUCCUCCCUCUGCUGAUGUAGUAAAAAUGCAAAGACAUUUUCUGGUAUCCCUGCCCCCUUUAUCCAAUCAGGACAGAGAACUCCAGAAACAGUGGCCUUUUCUGCUUGUGAACAUCCAGAGAGCAGGAUCCUCCUGGAGAUUAUCACUGCUCAUUAGUUUGGUGACGUAGAGAGGAGGGAGGGGAUAGCAUGCUGCAAAAUGGACAGAAAGUCAGCUCAACAGACGACAAUUCUUAUAGCAGCUUCAAGUGACUUUUUAUUGAAACAGGCUGGCUGGUUACCUGCCAGAAUGGCUGGCAGAGUGUACAAAUAGCAGCCAAACUUGGCAAAAAAGCAGGCUAUACGUUUCCACACUGCAAUAGUGAUGGGCAAAUUGGAUGACUUCAGGUGAAGAGUUAUGAUUGUCAUAAAGCAUUUAGUGUUUAUACUGGGUCAGAAUCAGUGUUAGGAUUGGCAAUCCAAGAACUUCCCUGAGGAGGCUGAGACACCCAUUAACCUGGAGUGUAGACCGGCAAAGUGCCAGGAACCAGCUGAUAAUCAUUUAGACAGAAACACAUUAUAUAACUAGACUGAACACUGUGCUGGGCCGACAGUCUGCAGGUAGCCUCUCUGGGGAGUUUAGUUUCUCUGAUGUUGACUUACUACAGCACCACUGUCAGGCUAAAGUUUAUUUUUUUAUGCUUCUGGAAAUCUGAUGCACGCUGGAGUUAAUGUCGUCUUGUUUAAAAACAUACUGGUCAUGACAUCAAAUUGUAUUGGUAAGUAGACAAGCAAGCUCAUGCAUUUUGAGCUGUUGCAACAAGCCUUUCUGGUGGAUGAUCAUCACACGUGCUGGCUUUAUGUUGAGAUCACGGCACCCCUGCUCACACGUUGCCCUCUGUGUAAAUGCGACCCCAGCUUGAGCCAAAAGUUCACAAAAAGGUGUCGGACAAGAGAAUAUCAGUGUGGGAACUGAGCAGCCAUUUGUCAGUCAAUCGCUGGCUGUAGUUUGUACAUUGAUCUACUCUGCCAGCCACGUUGACAGGAAAUUCAGCCAACAAGCUGUUUUGGCUGAUGGUUAAAGUGCCGCUGUGGCUGGUAGGUGGAGGUUUCCUGAUGAGACUGGCUCGCUAGGUACGUGCUCCAUAAACGAACCCAAGUGGGUUUUACUCCUGUUUAAAAUCAUUUCCACUUCUUGUUUUUUCACCUCUCUCUCUCUCUCUCUCUCUCUCUCUCUCUCUCUCUCUCUCUCUCUCUCUCUCUCUCUCUCUCUCUCUCUCUCUCUCUCUCUCUCUCUCUCUCUCUCUCUCUCUCUCUCUCUCUCUCUCUCUCUCUCACACACACACAUAUACAUAUAUAUACACACACACACCACAUGUGUUUUAUAGAUUGUAUAAUUUUAGCUUGCACUGGCCGGGUGACAUUCAAGACAUGAUGCAUGUUUGGAGUAUUUCUUGGUUCCACUUGCUUGCAGACCUGUGUUUAGAUAUUCACUAAUAAAACAGAUUAGAACUUUAAAAUUCAGCAUGGUUAACAUGUUGCCUUAUAUGAAAGGCCUUUCUCUCUCCUGCCUAAUGCUAAUGUGUUGAAUGUAGCCCGGCUGUGCUUAUUUCUGUGUACACUGUAUUAAAGCUAACUAGAUAGCCUCCUCUGUUUACAGACCCAGGUGAGCUAGAUCCUUUUUCUCUGAACUGUUAACUGAAUUCUGAACGUAUACUUCAUAUACUGCAACUCCAUUUUCCAGUGUACACUUCUGCUUCACCUCAUGCCUCUACAUUUUUUUUUUUAAUUAAAUGUUUUACAUUUUUCUGCAGAAUGAUCACCUUGAGACCUAACCCUCAGUUACAUGAUAAAGAGGAAAAGUACAAACUCAAAGCAGCAACCUAUGUACAAACAUAAUCCAAUUUUGAAAUAAGUAGCUACAGUUUGUGUAAGCAUUCUCAUUUGUUCACCGUAUUACAUCAGUACUGUGAGUUAAAUGUCCUGCUUUAUUACUGCCCUCUGUUGUACCUCAACACUGAUGGAGAAUGAUUGAGUUAGCUGCACUUGGGUCUGCUAGUAAGCUUUUCUAUCUUGUCUUUGAAGACUUUUCUCUGUAUUUAGUGGAUUAACUUGUGUUGUUGUGUUGCAUGUUUAUUGGUUCCUCUUGCAAUGUUACUCUCAUGGCUGAUAUACUUUUAAUUGUCUGUUUUAGACAAUAAAGGUUUUUGUUUUCGUA